AUGGUAACGCUCCAAGCUGUAGUGGAAUCCGGCACCUGGCGAAGGUUGGAGAACACCGGCGGCCGCGUGCGGCAAAAGGAGCUCUCUGAUGAGAUUCAGGACUCCUUUGGUGUCCGACCCGGCAAAUUCCGAGCGCUCUUCAACCAAACUCUGCAGCAGUAUUGCAACGCUUUCAUCAGCGGCGGUUCGGAGGCAGCUUGGCCUUCGAAGGCGGCGGAUGAGCAAUUUAGCAGCCGGUCCUUGACGCAGGGCGACAGGGACAUGAGGGCACAACGCGCGGCACGGUUCCAAACGCAUCUGAAUGAAAGGGCUCCUGUCUCAAUGGUCAGCUUCAAUGAAGCAGAGGGUGGAGGCAUCGAUGGCGGGCCGAUCGUUGGAGAGCUCACAGGAAUGUGCUCGCGAGAUGAAGCCCGAGAGCGCGAGAUGACGCGGCAACUUGACAAGUUCGAGUGGAAGAAGGGGACCGACCCGAAGAAUCCCGAAGUGGGAGUAGACUUGAAGCUGGCCACGAAAAAAUAUCAGCGAAGUUCUGCUGAUAAGGCCUACCGCAGCCAGGAUGUGAGAUCCCUGGAUGCGUGCUGGAAGACAAUGGAGUACCUGAUGACGGAGAUCUUGGACUUCGACAGCAAUCCGAAGCCCGGCUUUGCUGUCCAAGCCAUCCCAUACAUCGAGGUCUACUCCUAUCUGCGUGAUCGCACACGAUCGAUCAGAGUCGACCUGCACCUCCAGCAGCCUCGAUCCACCACCCAACGGGUCUUCGUGGAGACACACGAGUGCUGCCUCCGCUUCGAGAUGCUCUCCUUGUAUCUUCUUCUGGGGAGGGGGCAGAAUCAGGAGAAGGCCACUGAGAAGUACGACACCAAGCUAGGUCUCAAGGCCAUCUCACAGACCAUCGAGCCGCUCCUGAAUGCCUACCAGGCACUUCACGAGAAGCAGGUGGCAAAAUCUAUCCUCGCCGAGGCCAUGGGCGGAUUCGGCCUGGCCGAUGAAGACGAUGAUGAGGACUACUAUUCUCCGUAUGAGAUGGCUGCCAGGAGGUACAUUGUUCUCCUCCUGAUGUCGUUCGCACCUGACGAGCUUUCGAGUCAUCUCUCCAAGAUGAGCCGUGAGUUGCUGAUGCAUCCGUUGGUCAGCUUCGCUACGCAGGUGUAUGCCGCUUUCCACACGGAGGACUAUGCCAGAUUUCUCCGUUUGUACCGCGAAACCGAUUUCCUCUCUGCCGUUGCAAUGAGUGGUGUCGCAGACCUGGCCAGACUAAGAGCUUUGUGGCUGCUGGUCCGAACCUAUCCACAACAGGUGGGAGAUCGGAUCUCCUUGGCAAAGCUCAAGAACAUACUUGCGUUCGUGAGUGACGACCACGCCAAAACCUUCUUGGCCUUCCAUGGCCUACAGAUCGUCAUCGACAAGGAGUCCGAUGGCGGAGCCCACGUCGUCUUGCCCAAGAAAGGCAGCCCCGAGGCCAAUGCGCUGCCCUUGUUGCAGGGCCCUGCGCGGCUGCCAGAGAAGUGCGAGUUCCCGAAGGGCGCCGACUCGCUUCUCGUGGCGAAGUUUGAG